AUGAUUGCCGCCUCUUUUUCUCUCUCCCACCCCAAUCUAUCUUCCCUCCCAGUCUUUCUUUCGCAUAAAAGACGAAGUACUCUUCUCUUUCUUCUUCUUUCUUCUUCUUUCUUCUUCUUUCUUCUUCUUUCUUCUUCUUCUUUUUCUUCUUCUUCUUCUUCUCUUUCUUUUUUCUUCUUCUUCUCUUUCUUUUCUUCUUCUUCAUUUUCUCCUUUUUCUUCUUAUUUUUCUUCUUCUUUCUUCGUCGUCUUCUUCUUCUUCUUCUUCUCUUUCUUCUUCUUCUCUUUCUUUUUUUCUUCUUUUUCUUUUCUUCUUCUUCUUCUUCUUCUUCUUCUUCUUCUUCACUUCCCCUCUUUCUUCUUCUUCUUCUUCUUCUUCUUCUUCUCUACACACACAAUAUCUAUCUAUCUAUCUAUCUAUCUAUCUAUCUAUCUCAGUCUGUUCGUAUCUAUCUAUCUAUCUAUCUAUCUAUCUAUCUAUCUAUCUAUCUAUCUAUCUGUGCCGCCGCAGCACGUGGCCGAACCACCGGAGUCCCCUGUUAAGCAGAGUUUCUUCCAGGCCCAGAAUGUUGCAUUUGGCGCGGAUGAACGAGUUGGGGAUCCGGUCGGAGAGGUGCACGCGCAGGAUACGGCGGAGGCAGUAGGGAUCGAAGACCUCAAGCUUAUGAAGAUCAUCUCUGCGUAG